GGAAUGCAUCCCAAGCACCACAUGGCCCUGAGAAUUGCGACCAUGGGGCCGAAACCCCGAUCCUGGGAUACUCCUUAGUCUCUGUGAGCCUUGGUCAUCAUAUCAAUUGUCGGGGCGAAACUAUUGUAUGUGAAGUUGUUGAGCAUUUGCCGCUACUACAACAGACAUCCAUCAUGGCUUCACUGCGAUCCUGGUUUAGCAUACCUCGUGGAUCGCACUUCUCACUAGCGAACAUCCCCUUUGGUGUCAUUUCAACAGCAUCAUCCAAGUCACCGCGGGUCGCAGUCGCCAUUGGAGAUCACGCUCUGGAUCUCGAAGUCUUUGCCGCAAACAAUGGCUUCUCAGGGCUCUCAACAAUACAGCCGCAUCAAGCUGUAUUCUCACAAUCGUCGCUGAACGCUUUUGCAGCACUUGGUCGGCCAAUUCACUCCGUGGUUCGGAAGUAUAUCCAAGGUGUCUUCUCUGUGGACACGACAUACCCGGACGUCCUGAAGAAUAAUGUUGCACUUCAGAAGCAAGCCCUGAUACCGCUAAAAGAAAUCAAAGCACAUUUGCCAUUCAGGAUUGGUGAUUAUACCGACUUUUUCGCGGGUAUGAACCAUGCUUACAACUGCGGCGUCAUCUUCAGAGGUCCCCAGAAUGCGCUGCAACCGAACUACAAGCAUCUUCCAGUCGGUUACCACGGUCGAGCAUCUUCAGUGGUUCCAUCUGGAACUCCCAUUCGGCGGCCCAAUGGUCAGAUACUGCUCGAUCCUACUGCGGAGAAGAAGGUGCCUGCUUUUAGCCCGUGCAAGAAGCUGGACAUUGAGCUAGAACUGGGAGCUUUUGUAUGUGGUUCCAAUGAGCAAGGAGUGCCAAUACCAAUUGAGAAGGCUGAGGAGAACUUGUUCGGUGUUGUACUCAUGAACGACUGGUCAGCGAGAGACAUCCAAGCAUGGGAAUACGUGCCUCUAGGGCCCUUCAAUGCGAAGAACUUCGGCACCACAAUCAGCACUUGGGUUGUACUCGCGGACGCACUAGAACAGUUCAAAACAAAGGGAUUGGACAACGACUCGGAGGUGCUACCCUACUUGAAGGAGAAGAGCGAAAAGAGUGUAUACGAUAUCAACCUCCAAGUUGAUGUCAAGACGGCAUCUGGCAACACAACAACGAUAUCGAAAGUGAAUGCACGAAAUCUGUUGUGGUCAUUCCCACAGAUGUUGACACAUCAUACGAUCACGGGAUGCCCUUUCCAACCGGGCGACUUGUUGGGCUCUGGUACCAUCAGUGGUAAUUCUCCGGCUGAGUAUGGAAGCUUCCUGGAGCAGAGUAACAAUGGUAAAGAGUCUAUCGCACUAGAAGGUGGUGAAGAGAGGACAUUCUUGGAGGACGGGGAUGAGAUCACAAUCCGAGGUGUAUGUGGUUCGGAUGAGGAGGCUUUGGUUGGCUUUGGAGAGUGUAUUGGUCGCAUUGAGCCUGCUUUGAAGCUAAACUUUGCUUGAGCACCUCGAAAUAUGUGGAUUCAUACUUUUGACCGUCAAGGUGCAGCACAUGAAGUCCUCUAACUGAUUGAUGCGAUAGAACAGUACUACCACUGUGCGAUGCUAGGGCUUCUCUACCAGGCUCGUUUUUAGUCAACUCCACAUAAUCGAUGUUGGAGUACUAUAGUUUCUUAAUUCCCGAG